AUUUACUUUUUGCUUUUGGAUUGGAACAGUAUCUUUUCCAAAAGAUUAUGUCUGUAAAGCUUCCACACCCUGUGGCAGAAAGGCUUGGAAUGGAAUGGUUUUGCUUGUGUUCAGUUUCAUGUAAUGACACCUGCCUUGCUCUCUGCUUGAGCUCUCUGCUUUGAACUUCGGGUUCCUUGGUAGGAAUCAUAACAUCCAUAUAUAUAUUCACUUAUUGGUGCUUAAAUGAAAAGCAUAUGCAGUGGCAGUUUUAUUUGUAACUUAGGUUGUUGUCUUUUCAGUGUAUCUUUAAUUAGAAGUGCCUGCUAUCUUUCAGACACGCUCAUCCCAGGACCUCAGCAUCUAGAAUGUGGUGCUACUUCUUCUCAAGCUUUUGUUAAUGCCAAAUUAUUUAAAGCAAAAACAAUAAAAAGGGAGGCUCUCUUUUUAGAUUUAGCCUUUGUUGAACAGUGCUGCCAGAAAUCCUGCAUUUUGUCUGAGCUGGCUUUAUGUAAUGGCUUCUCAGUGGUGUUACUGUGGCGGCAAGGAAGCAGAUGUGAUCAAGUGCAAGUGAUGUUUGUGUUUAGUUCCCCUGUACAUACCCAAAGACUUCAGAGCUGGAUAACUUCUGAGCUGCAAGGUCCGUAUCCCCACACCCCACCCCACCCCCGGGUUAGAGAUCUGCAUGGAAUUGUUUUCUGCUUAAUCUCCAUUGAGGCAGGUGCUUCAGAGUAAGUUGUCACAGUGUUUCAUUCCCUAGCGCUUAAGCUGCAGAAUGGAUGUUCUGCAGGUGUUGGCAUUUUCCCUGGGGAGAGGGAUGAGUUGUGAGAAUUGCUUCACUUGAAUCCCCCUUAGGGCAGGUAAAGCCUGUUGAUAAGUCUGUGUCCUAAGAUAAGCCACAAAAACGUGAUGUUUCUUAGCUUUCGUGGAUGAAGAAGUGAGAGUCUCACAAAUAAAGGCUGUUCUGCCUCUGAGCUUGUCAGGCUUUUGAGCUGAAUAAAUAAGUGCUGUUUUGCAUUAACUAGAGCAGAUGUUGCUGCAUGAGGACACACUUCUCAGUAGUGAGGAAGAUGGACUUGGUGAACUAAAGGAAUUCAGGUGUGUGGCCUCAUCCUGCCUCCUUAAGAUGCCAUUGUUACCCAUGCUGAACUAUUCACACGCUACAUUUUCUAGGAAUGCUAAGUUUGUAGGUGAAAUCCAUAAAAAGCAAAGGGAAUGUGUUGCUGAAGGUGGUAUCUGCCUCACGGUCUUUCUUGCUGGAGUGGCUGAAUUGUAGCAGUAGGAGCUGUAUUUGGUAGGUGUUGCUAUGAAUUCUGAAAAAUACUAUGCCAUGUUCUGGUUGGUUGUGUCAGUACUAUGUCUUCCAGAAUACAAAGGCACUUCAGAGUGAGCGUUUGAAGGGUUGUUUCUUCAUUAAGACAAAAUGCAAAUACUGCGUGACCUCAAAACGGGGGAAAUAUUGUCCAUGGAGUAGAAAAAGGGAGUGCUCCCAUGUGUAGUAAAAUGAGGAAGAAUUCUACAAUUGCUUCCUAUUCCAAAUAUGACACCAAAAAAGCAGUAAUAAUGUAAAGGCUUUAAACUGCCAAGGAGUUUGACCUGCUUACGUUAAAUUCUUGCUCUGGAUUCUUUUCUAGAGGAGUCCCUCUCCUUUCUCUGAUGGAGACUAAUCUUCAGGGGCUAAAGUUUGCUGCUGUUCCAUUUCUACAUGCGUUUGUGCGAGCAUGGGACCCCGAGAGACAGCAGUGUUAGUGCUGUAACCGAGCAGAAGUAUUCAUAAUCUCAGAGGUGAAAAGCACACUCAGGAUGACAAAUGUAUUUGUCUUUUUAAUAAGCUUUUAGGAAUUGUUUCCCUUUGUCUUUUCCCCUCCCCAGGCAGAAGUGAAUUCAGGAAGAUGGGACUGCCGUGUCAUAAAGCUGACCCACUGUGCCGCCUCUCAGCAUUUUCUCUCAUUUGCAGGGAAGGCACUCCCUCCUCUUUCCCAUAAGUCUGUCCCUAUCCUUGCUCUUUUUAUGGGUUUAUACAGGAUUUCCUGCUGAGUCAAUGGAGGAGGAAUGCAGGGAGAUAGCGGUCUGGCUUUACGCAGGGAGCCAGAGGGUGUUGCAGCUCGGCGGAGGCAGAAGUCAGCACUGCCUUUUGACUUAUAUGUAUGUUCACAGCGGGAGCUCCGAGGGCUGCGGCCCCCAGGAUCCCAGCCCGCUGCUGGAACGGCUCGGUGGCCCCGGAGGCGCUGGGGACAGCUCGGGAUGUCCUUCCUCUGUAACCGCUAAACCUCGGAGCCCUCCACUGAGUCCCUCCAUGUCUGUAGCCACCAAGCAUUUUUCUCAUCAUGAGUUCUGAGUUAAAUGUUCCAGUGGAUCCUUCCACUCCUGCUUGCUGCUCUGAACCUGGCACAAAAGGCAUGGAUUAUCGGGACUGGGUCCGGCGCAGCUAUCUGGAAUUGGUCACAUCAAACCACCACUCUGUUCAAGCCCUUUCAUGGAGAAAACUGUACCUGAGCCGAGCCAAACUGAAAGCUUCCAGCAGAACCUCUGCUCUGCUCUCUGGAUUUGCAAUGGUUGCCAUGGUGGAGGUGCAGCUGGAGGUACAGUACAAGUACCCCCAGAUGCUGCUGAUUGCUUUCAGUGCCUGCACAACAGUGCUCGUGGCAGUUCAUCUCUUUGCCCUUCUCAUCAGCACCUGCAUUCUGCCUAAUGUGGAAGCAGUGAGCAACAUCCACAACCUGAACUCCAUCAGUGAGUCCCCGCAUGAGCGCAUGCAUCCCUACAUCGAGCUGGCGUGGGGCUUCUCCACCGUCUUGGGGAUCCUCCUUUUCCUUGCGGAAGUUGUGCUUCUGUGCUGGAUAAAAUUUCUGCCUGUGGGCUCCAUCCUGAAAAAUGAGACCACCAACGUUGAGAAGCCCAGCGGCCAUGCAGGUUGGCAGUCAGCGCUGGUCUCCACCAUCAUCAUGGUCCCAGUGGGUCUGAUUUUUGUUGUCUUCACCAUUCACUUCUACCGCUCUUUGGUGCGGCACAAAACGGAGCGCCACAACCGAGAGAUCGAAGAGCUUCACAAACUGAAAGUGCAGUUAGACGGGCAUGACAGAGGCAUGCAGGUAGUGUGACAGAGGCAGAGGCUGCUUCCAGCAAAUCCGCUCAGCUAAGGCUAAGAGCAAAAUACCUGUUUUGCUAGUUGGUGAGACGCACCAGUGAUGGAUUGUCUUGAGGCUUAAAUAUGUAAAUGCUAAUUGCCUGCCAUAUAUAGCUGUGGGUUCUAGUGCUGUUUCAGAUGCUGAGGUCUCUGGCCUGUUUCUGGUCCUACACACUUGCGUACUUAAGUUGACACUGUCAUGGAGUUCAAGAUCAAAACUUUAUCUACCUUAACAUUGUUUCAGGUAGCCAAAAAUCUGUAUUUUUUACAAAGGCAAUAUUCUGUUGCCAAAAGUAAAACUGCAUCAGCUGUCCAAAAAGCCAGUGUGUGUGUGUGUAGGACCUGUCUUAUGUGUCAGAACUCCCUGGCUGUCAGUGCAGCAGCAAUUAACUGGCAGCUCGUUUCUAGAGCUGAGCUGGUUAACGUGGGUAUCUGCAGCUGACUUGAGGAUGUCCAGGAAAGCGCAAUAGAAAUGGCGAGUGUUGAUCACCUUUGUUCCAAAGCAAGUAUUCCAUAAAUACAUAACCAGAAGGAAAUCGGCCUUAGCUCUUAUGUUCUUUUCUUGCUAUUCCUUACUACAUUUUUACAGCUGGGGAGAUAGAAUUUUGAAUUGCAGGAGACUGGGAAGUUCUGUCGUACUUUUUUCAGCAACAUCUGUCACUUUAGACUGAAUGAAUGCCAAGAUCAUGUGUUUUUUCCCAAUAAGAGACAAGAGUGCCCAGGGAAGGCUUACAGGUGUUUUAGUUUUAACAAGGACAUUCUUAAAACAGAACAGUGACAGAGAAUUUAAUGAGACAAAACUUUGAAGGACUAGAAAAGCAAGUUUCAAGGAGGUAAGGAGUGACAGCAUAUAGCAUAUUGUAGAAAUCUGUCACUAUGUCGUCUUCGUUUAUGUAUUGUUGUAAUGCCUUUUGCCUGGUUUGCUGGAGAGAACAAGCCCCAGUCCUGCGUGUUUCAUCAGUUGUUUGGUUGUUUUUGUCAGCUGUAGCAUUCAUCUGUCAAAACCGAAUGCUUCCUUCUCCCUCCACCAAAGCAGGCAGCUCUUCUGGUGGAACCUGGAGCUGUACUGGCGAGUCUGAUGGAGCUGGAUCCGGCAGGAGAGCUGUGUGCCAUUAAAGAGCUAUCACGUUUCAUUUGAGCUGACUUUUUUUUUUUUUUCCAGCAGCAGAGAAAAUGACACUUGCAAGUCUGUAUCGCUUAGCAAGGGAAGCUUGUAAAUUCUAUAGCAUCCUUGUGAGUGAAAACGUCUGUAAAAAUGAUUUUAUGAUUUAUGGUAACUUUGUGGAGGGAAAAGAGUGUUUUGCAAUCAUCAGCUCUUUUAAGGGAAAGUAAGGCUUUCUGCCACACAGGGCUGAAAGAAGCACAAGCACAUUUUCUUGGCCCUGAUCUGUGCUGAUCUCCUGCUCUGCACUCAAACAUUGCAGUUUCAGAGUCUCCCAGGCUUUAUAGGUUUCUGAAAUCAUUAAGGAUGUUUGUAAUGUUCUAUUUAACCCUGGUCCCUUAUUCCACCGGGAUUUGAGAAAUCUAAUGGCAGUGUAUUACAUGUCAGCCUCCCAGAAGGGAGAGUGCAUGCAAAUCCCAGUGCAGCGGGGUGAGACUAUCCCAAUAUUCCUCUCUGGCGAGGGCCUUGGGAACCCAACUCUUAUCUCUCUUGUUUACAUGCGAGUUUGAGCAUUGCUGAACAAGUUGUUUAGCACCGUGUCUGUGGCUUUCAUCUGUUGUUCUUGCCACAGUUGGCAUGUACCAUAUUGGCUGAUGUGCCGCAAAGAAAAUAGUCUUUGUGUGCUUAAAUGACUAGUCUGUACUUAGGCACAUACGCAAAAAAUAAGGAGUAUCCUUCAGGAAGUGGGUGGUCAUAAAAUUCAUACCAUCUCCCCAGAAGUCUGCCUUCUCUCCCUCCUCUUUUUACCAUAAUAAAAAUCAAAGGUUUACACAACAAAAUCAGAGUUGAGUUUUCUGCCAAGUAUUACACGUGUAAGCUCUUCUACCAACAAAAUUUCUAUUGUGAGGCCAGAGCCAGACCAGAUGGGAUGAAUCUCUCAUCUGUACUUUGCACUCUCCUUUAACAUCAGUAAUAAUAGGACUCUGUGUGCUGUGGAGCUCAGGAGGUUGUUGAGGAAAGUAUAGAGUCAUUUUUGCAAUAAAAAAAGUUUCACAGUGUGCAUACAGUGCUGCAAAAGCAAUGCAGCUCAUUUGGAAACAGCCAAAUGGUUCAUUUAAUUCUUUGCAAAUAUAAUAAACUUCAGCAAAUGGAGAAAUGCAGCAGAAACUGUGCUUUGAUUUUGUAGAAUAACUUGGUGAGUCUUUGGUGGGAUUGGAUGCAAGAUAAGUCUCAAGGCAGCACAUUUGUGACUGGAGUGGGAUUGCCUUACUCCAGCAGGGAGUCUGAGGUACGGUUUGAGGUGGUGUCCCAAGGGUGAAUGCACUUCAAACAGAAUAAUAAUGUGCUUUCCCAUCUUUGCUUGCAGCUUUGUUUCUUGUGUCUUUCUCGGCACUGAGUUCUCCCUUCUGUGAGAAGCCCAUGGGAGUAUUUUUGCUCUUUGACUCUGGCAUCUGGGAUCUCUGUAGGUUACCCAUCACCUUCGUGCUGUAACUCCUCUUCUUCUUUCCCAACAACAGCAUUUGCUUUUCUUGCUCCUGCCUCUCUUUCUCCAACUUGUUUACAUUUUCACAGCUGUUGGGUCGAGACUUGUGUUGUGGAAAGAUUGCCUGUGGUAUCAGCCACCGUAGUUCAUCCGUAAAUGAGUAGGGACGUUGUACUUGUCCAGAUGGGUUUCUGUGCUGCUGUGCCAGAAGAUCCUCCUUGCUUCUGCUGCUGCCCCCGUGACUGUCAGCAGGAUUCCCAUCAAUCAAGCCUGGAGAUGCCUGCCUUUCCACACCAUCGCUGGUGUCUCAGCAGGGCUGGCAGCGCGCUGUGUCACGUCCAGGUUUGCCUGCUGGUGCCUGGCCACGUCUGACCUGUGCUGUCACCUCUCUGUUGUUCCCGGGGUGUCUGUCGUUCCUGGAGUGUCCCAGGUUUUGUGUAGCUCUGUUCCUGCAGUGCCUGCACAAUGGUUCUCCCAAGGGUCCCACCCUCAGGCUGGGGAUGGGUGUCGAGGAUCUCCCCUGACAUGUGUGUUAGGUUUCUGUACCAGCCUUGGGCUCUGGGGUGCUGUAGGGGUUUGGGGUGGCUGUUGCCCUAAUUCUCAGCUCCCGUGGGCUGUGACUCUUUGGACCAGUUAUUGCCUUGUUUGGGCCAUUUCUCCAAUUUCUGCAGUGGGGCUCGCCGCAGGGGACAGCCACGAUGUCGCUCCAGAGUCCUGAGUCCUCCUUCAGAUUUUUUUGGACAGUUUUUGCCUGGCAGAAAAACACCUUUGCGGGCUCCAGCGCUGGAGGGGCCCUGCCUGCCCAGCCUAAAGCGGGGAAGGAGCUGUCAAGGACAGGGGUACAGCCCUGCUUUGUAUCAUACCCAGGUACCUGCCCUGGUUUAGGGGACGAUUCCCCUCUCCUUCCCUCGUUAGCAGGAGUCAAGACUGGGCAUGAACGCAAGCCGGAGGGAGCUGUCGGAGCCGGAGCAGUAUCAGGUUCUCCCUUUGCUGUGGUUAGUGGCAGCUCUUACGCCUGUGAGCUGCCUAUUUUUAACGUUGCCCUGGGGCAGGCCUGGCUCUGGUAGCUGCUGCCCCGUUGUUUCGGUGGAUAUGUGACUCUCGGGGAGGCUUUAUGAUCGGGGGAGAUGGAGUAGAUGUUGGAUUCGACCGUCUGGGCCUGACCCACGUGAUGGAUGAAAGCAAUACUGUGCGAGAGCCCUGGGUGGAGCGUGCUCUGCAGUAAGCGCUCAAAUAUGUGGAAGUGUUUAUAGAGAGCUGGUGGGGUGGGUGCAGCUGCAGGGCGAACAUCCUUCAGUUCCCUGACUCUGGGAUGGGCAAUCCCAGCUUGCCACAGGGACGACUGCGCUGGGCUUGGGGAUGGAGGUGCAGGGUGCCCAGCUGGAUGUGGGACUGGUUGCUCACGCUUCACAUUCUCCUCUUGCCUUUCCGUGGCUUUACGCGGGAUUUCAUAAUGUCCUUUCUCUUCCUCCCCUCCCUUAAAACUAACAAACAAAAGGCCUUCGAGUUUCCCUGCUGCUGUUAGCUUCCUUAUCUUCUAAAUCUUGUUACAUCUACUUUUAAGAUAGCUUCUUCAGUAACACCCCCCAAGCUACAACCUCAAAUUCAGAUCCCAGCACAACUGGGCCAGUGUGGUUAUUUUCUGAUUAACUUCUUGCAGGCUGUCUCCUCUGUACCCAUUUCAAACAAAGCACUUUCAGUAAUUACUGACUGGCUGAAUUUGGAAAGCAUUCCCGUGAAUACCUGUGUGUACAACUGGGAGCUUUGCCUUCUGCCCAGGGUUGUAACAACGAGUGCUAAGUGCUAGGAGAAAAAAAAAAAACCAACUCUGUAUUUUAGCUUUGCCUAUUCUUGUUUUAUCUCUGCAUGAACAAUGUUUAAUGUAGAACAACUUAUGUAUCUCAGUUAUUGUCCAGCUGUGUGAGAGAAACUGGAUAAACUUGCUAUGUUUUACGCUUCUUGCUGA